UCUCUCAGCCAUUAAUUAAUAAUGUAGCUCGCUGUCUUCCUGUGUGACACACGCUGGAAGGCACCGAGCGGCCAAUAAAGAUGUAGGGGAGAGCAGGGGAAGGCUCCUCCCCGCAGCUCUUCCUGAUUGAGGGCUUGAAGAAGUAGAUCAAAAACUUCCCAGGAGCCGGCGGGGGGGGGGGGGCUGAGGAAAAGGAAGAAACGCGGCGAGGGGGACCGCGCUCCGCACCGACCUAGCAGUGAGCAGAGCCUGCGGCCGCACCAGGUGGGCAGGAGGGGAGGGAACCCCGCAGCCCCCGCUGGACAGGCCGGAGGCCGGGCUGCCCCCCGCGCCGCGGCGUCCCGCGGCGGCGGAGCCCGGCAGCUGCUGGGCCGGGACGAAGCGCGGGGUGGGAAGGGCGAGGACCCCAGUUAGGCAGCGACCCGGCAGGAAGGGAAGGAGGGAGAUAAGUGGUCGGCGCUGCCCCUCCUGGGUGUUUGCUUUGCGGAGAGGAGGAGGAGGCGGAGGCGGCGGGGGAGUGGAAGUUGGUGUCCGGCCCGGCGUGUGUGGGUCAGAGGCGGGGGAAAGGGGGUGACCCAAAGGCAGGGGCGCCGCAGGAGACAAAGCGCGGCCGGGGUAUCCCCGAGCCGAGCACGUUGCGCGGCUGGCGCGGGGGUUGCCGCCUCCGCCCGCCGCUCGGCGUCAUGGCCCCAUUGUGAGGCGGGCGGAGGCGGAGGAAGGUGCCGCCGUUGGUCCGCGCGCAGUCCCAGGCAGGCAACGGCGUGUCGGGCACACAAAAGGCUCCGCCGAGCCGCCACAGCCGCUCUCGCUCGCUCCUGCCCUGGCUCCCCCGGGAGGAGGGACACGCCGGGCCCGCUCCCUCCUCCCCGGGCUGGUGGGCGCCGCUGCCUCGCUUAAUUCUUCCGUGUUUUUUAUUUUCCUCCGUACCUCCUGAAGCUGAUCCUGGGGCAGGAAGAGAGCCGGGAGCGGGGCGAUGCCGCUGCUGCACCGAAAGCCCUUCGUGAGGGUGAAGCCCCCCGCCGACCUCCGGCCGGACGAGCGUGUUUUCUACUGCAGGGUCACUAACGAGAUCUUCAGGAACUACGAUGAUUUUUUUGAACGCACCAUUCUGUGCAACAGCCUUGUGUGGAGCUGUGCUGUCACAGGCAAACCAGGACUCACAUAUCAGGAAGCUCUGGAAUCAGAGAAGAAAGCCAGACAUAAUCUUCAAAGUUUUCCAGAGGCACUCAUCAUUCCAGUUCUCUACUUGGCCACCCUUACCCAUCGCACCCGACUUCAUGAGAUCUGUGAUGAAAUCUUUGCUUAUGUUAAGGAUCGGUAUUUUGUUGAUGAAACAGUGGAAGUACUUAGAAAUAAUGGUGCAAGGUUGCAGUGUAAGGUUUUGGAAGUCAUAGCUCCAGCCCAUCACAAUGGAAUGGCGAAUGGCCACACCAGCAGCGCUGAUGGGGACACCAUUGUCAUCAGCGACAGUGACGACUCAGAAACGCACAAUAGCUCUGCACAAAAUGGGGAGAAGAAAGCCAUAAUUGAUCCUUCUUUGUUCAAAUACAAAGUCCAACCUAUUAAAAAACACCUAUAUGAAGCUGUUAUUGUUAAAGCAUCUCAACUAAGCCGGAGGAAACAUCUCUUUUCUCGUGAUAGACUUAAACUUUUUCUGAAACAGCACUGUGAACCACAUGAUGGAGUAAUUAAAGCUAAGGCAACCUCAAUUGAAAAAUAUAAUCUAGCAGAGCAAAACUUCUCCUAUUUCUUCCCUGAUGAACCACCCACAUUUAUCUUCAGUCCUGCAAGCAGGCGCCGAGGGCGACCUCCAAAGAGGGCAUCUGCAUGUCUUGAGGACAAUAUUAAACCUAAACAAAACACCCCAGGAAACAAAAGUAAAGUGUCAAGGGAAAAGGCAAGGUUCCAGAAGCAAAAGGAAGAUGUGCAGGCCAUAGCUUUUGAAAAAGCUAAGUUAAAACAAGAGAAGGCGAAUGCUAUAGAAGCUAGGAAAAAGGAGAAAGAAGAUAAGGAAAAGAAGAGAGAAGAAUUAAAGAAAAUUGUGGAAGAAGAAAGGAUGAAAAAGAAAGAAGAGAAAGAGAGACUCAAAAUAGAAAAGGAAAAAGAAAGAGAGAAGCUGCGUGAGGAAAAAAGAAAAUAUGUGGAAUACCUGAAACAGUGGAGUAAGCCUAGAGAAGAUAUGGAGUGUGAUGACCUUAAGGAUCUUCCCAUUCCAUUGCCAGUGAAGACGAGACUUCCUCCUGAGAUCUUUGGUGAUGCUCUGAUGGUUUUGGAGUUUUUACAUGCUUUUGGGGAACUUUUUGAUCUUCAAGAUGAAUUUCCUGAAGGAGUGACUUUAGAGGUUUUAGAGGAAGCUCUUGUAGGAAAUGACACUGAAGGCCCACUAUGUGAAUUGCUGUUUUUCUUCCUGACUGCCAUCUUUCAGGCAAUGGCCGAAGAGGAAGAGGAAGUGGCCAAAGAUCAAAUAGCUGAUGCUGAGACCAAAGAUUUAACAGAGGCUUUGGAUGAAGAUGCAGACCCCACAAAAUCUGCACUGUCUGCAGUUGCAACUUUGGCAGCUGCAUGGCCCCAGUUACAUCAGGGCUGCAAUUUGAAAAACUUGGAUCUUGAUAGCUGCACUCUUUCUGAGAUUCUCAGACUGCACAUUCUAGCAUCAGGUGCUGAUAUAACAUCAGCCAAUGCAAAAUACCGUUACCAGAAACGAGGAGGGUUUGAUACUACUGAUGAUGCUUGCAUGGAGCUGAGAUUAAGUAAUCCUGGUCUCUUGAAGAAACUUUCAAGUACCUCAGUAUAUGAUUUGUUGCCAGGAGAAAAGAUGAAGAUCCUUCAUGCUCUCUGUGGGAAACUUCUGACUCUCGUCUCCACUCGAGAUUUCAUUGAGGAUUCUGUUGAUGUGCUACGACAAGCAAAACAGGAGUUCCGGGAAUUAAAAGCAGAACAGCAUCGCAAAGAACGAGAGGCAGCAGCAGCAAGGAUACGUAAAAAAAGAGAAGAAAGGUUAAAAGAACAAGAGUUAAAAAUGAAAGAGAAACAAGAAAAGCUGAAAGAAGAGGAACAAAGAAUUCCUGCUGUAGAAAUAUCUGUUGGGGAGGAGGAACGGGAGGACCUUGAUACUAGUACAGAGAGCAAAGAGAUGGAACGUAAAGAGCAAGACAUGGACACACUCACAGAGGAUGAAGAAGAGCUGGGACCAAACAAAAAACGACGGAGAGGAAGGAGAGGGCAAAAUGGAUUUAAAGAAUUUACAAGACAAGAAGAGACCACUUGUGAAAAGAGUGAACCUUUUACUGCUGAAGAUGAAGAAGCUUUAAAACAGGAGCAACAAAAGAAAGAGAAGGAUCUGUUAGAAAAGAUUCAGAAUGCAACAGCCUGCACAAAUAUCACCCCCUUAGGUCGUGACCGCCUGUACCGACGCUACUGGAUUUUCCCUUCUGUUCCUGGAUUGUUCGUAGAGGAGGACUAUUCUGGUCUCACAGAAGACAUGUUGUUGCCUCGAACCUCUUCCUUUCAGAAUAGUGGACAGUCUUGCACAAAUGAACCUCAGGUAUUCAGUAAAACUGGAGAGUCUUUGAAAUCCUCUGAAUCUACCUCCAAUAUUGACCAAGAUUCACAUACCAGUGUUGUCGUAGAGGUGCCAAGGCCAGUAUACAAACCAAACCGUUGGUGCUUUUACAGUUCUCGGGAACAACUGGACCAACUCCUAGAGGCUCUCAAUUCCCGAGGACAUAGGGAGAGUGCCUUAAAAGAAACUCUUUUACAAGAGAAAAGUAGAAUAUAUGAACAACUAAGCAGUUUUCCUGUGGAGAAAUUCCAUAUUCCAGAAAAACCUCAAAGUGAUGUCAGACCUCCUAUAGGACGGGGAAGGAUGCAGAAUGUCCAUGAUGGAUCUCACCUAUCUGCAGAGAAGCAGCUUGAACUGAGACUUAGGGACUUUCUUUUGGACAUUGAGGACAGGAUCUACCAAGGAACUUUGGGGGCUAUUAAGGUUACAGACAGACAGGCUUGGAGAGCAGCCCUGGAACAUGGGAGAUAUGAGUUUCUGAAUGAUGAAAACAAAGAAAAUGGCAUUAUUAAAACUGUGAAUGAAGAAUCUGAAGAAAUGGAAACUGAUGAUCACGAUAAGUUUAUUGUGAAAGACAGACUCCUUGGGUUAAAAACCGAAGCUCCAAGUGCUGCAUCAACAAGCACAAGUACUCCUCAGCCAGUCAGUAAUGUGGUCCACUACUUGGCAUCUGCACUGCUUCAGAUAGAGCAAGGAAUUGAACGCAGGUUUCUCAAAGCACCUCUUGAUGCCAGUGAUGGUGGACGGUCCUAUAAAACAGUUCUGGAUCGCUGGAGAGAGUCACUUGUUUCUUCUACUAGCUUGUCCCAAGUCUUCCUUCACCUGUCGACAUUGGAUCGAAGUGUCAUCUGGUCCAAGUCCAUCCUCAAUGCUCGCUGCAAAGUGUGUCGGAAGAAAGGCGAUGCAGAAAGCAUGGUGCUGUGUGAUGGCUGCGACCGAGGAUAUCACACUUACUGCAUCAGGCCCAAGCUGAAGGUCAUUCCUGAAGGAGAUUGGUUUUGCCCAGAGUGCCGACCAAAACAGCGCUCUAGACGCCUCUCCUCCAGACAGAGACCUUCUGUGGAAAGUGAUGAAGAGACUGCUGAACAACUAGAAGGGGAAGAAGAAGCAAACUAUGAUGAGAUGGGACAAAGUGAGGAGGAGCAUUAUGAAGAAGAGCAAGAUGAGGAGGAUGAAUCUCAAGAGGAGGAAGAGAUAAGCCCAUCAAAGCAAGGAAGAUCUCAGGUCAAGUUUCCAUUAAAAAUGAGAGCAGCCAAGCUCAACAAUCCAUUCUCAAGUCAAAACAGCCAACGUCAGGCAAGAUACACUUCUCGGAGCCAGCAAAUUGAAUCUUCAUCAAAAAUUACCAGAAGGGGUUUAAGAAACAUAAAAUCAGCCUCUUCAGCAGUGACAAAGCCCACUUUAAGACUUAAUAGCCGGACCACUCGUCAGAGCCAAAGUUCAUUACAAGCAGAUGUUUUUGUGGAGUUAAUCAGUCCUCGAAGAAGACGAAGAGGAAGAAAGUGUGCUGAUAACACGCUGGGAAACAGCCCUUCCAACUCUCUUGGGUUUAGAAUUGUUGAUACUGCAGACCCUGGUGAACAGCUUAGGAAAUUUCCAGUUUCUGCUUCAAAGGUUUCUCUUCCUGUUGCCGAACCCAAGAGAAGAGGCAGAAAACGACAAUCUACAGAAUCAUCUCCUCCAGUAUUGAACAGAAGAAGUUCAGGACGUCAGGGUGGAGUCCAUGAACUCUCAGCUUUUGAACAGCUCAUAGUGGAACUGGUGCGGCAUGAUGACAGCUGGCCUUUCAUGAAACUGGUUUCCAAAAUCCAGGUACCAGACUACUAUGAUAUAAUCAAAAAACCUAUUGCCUUAAAUAUAAUCCGUGAAAAAGUGAAUAAAUGUGAAUAUAAGUUAGCAUCUGAAUUCAUUGAAGAUAUUGAGCUGAUGUUUUCGAACUGCUUUGAAUACAACCCUCGUAACACAAGUGAAGCAAAAGCUGGAACUAGACUUCAAGCUUUCUUCCACAUUCAGGCUCAAAAGCUUGGACUUCCAAUCACAUCUGGUAACGUGGACCACACCGCUCCCGCGGCGAAGAAGUCACGAAUCUAACCUCUGCCUUCCAAAGGAUUUUUUGAGGGAAUUUAUUACAUUCAUUAAAAUGGAUUGUUAAAUUA